GAAAUAACGAAGAUAGACAAGGUCGCAUCAUCGACCAGAAGUCGCAUCAAUGGUUCGGGGCCACGCUCACCAGUACCGGUAGGAAUGGCGCUAUCAUGGCGUGUGCACCUCGCUACGUGUCCUUCGUGUCAGCCAAGCUGAACCAGAGGGAUCCUGUCGGCACCUGCUUCGUGGCCAACUCCCCAGACCUCACCGACGUCAAGGAGUUCUCUCCAUGCCGAACAUGGUACCGUUCCGUGGACGAGGCGACCCAUGGCCAGCGCAAGACUGGCAUGUGCCAAGCCGGUUUCUCAGCUGCUAUAUCCAAGGAUGGACAACGUCUCUUCAUGGGUGCUCCAGGCAGCUUCUUCUGGCAAGGGCGAACAUUAUCCAUAGAACCGAAAGAAUCGUUCUUCUACUUUAUGCCGAAAAUACCGGAAGAAGGUCAGCUGAUGACUCAGUCGAUGAGCAGUCGUCCUGCACUGAUCGCUACACCAGAGGCUAGUCCUAAGUACGACGACUCCUACAUGGGUUACUCGAUAGCCGUAGGAGACUUCGCUGGUCAAGGCAUUCAGAGCGUUGCAGUUGGUGUGCCUAGAGGAGCUUCUUUGAAAGGAUUGGUCGUUCUCUACACGUGGGAGCUACAAAACAUCAAGAACAUCAGCGGCUCACAGAUCGGCGCCUACUUCGGCUACAGUCUUGCAUCCGGCGACAUUGAUGGUGACGGCUUUGAUGACGUCAUCGUCGGCGCCCCCAUGUUCACCAGGACUAAGACUGAUGGCUUCGAGCAUGGAAGAAUCUAUGUCAUCUACCAGGAUAAAGAUCGGUCUUUCACAAGGAGUCAUGCUAGAACCGGCGAAGUAUCUCGAGGCAGAUUUGGUUUGGCUGUUACUUCGUUGGGCGACAUCAACUAUGAUGGCUUUGGAGACAUAGCUGUCGGCGCCCCGUACGGCGGCGAGAACGGCCGCGGCGUGGUGUUCAUCUACCAUGGCAGCGAACUCGGCAUCCACGAGAAGUACUCCCAGGCCAUCACCGCCGAGGAGAUCUCCCCUUCUCUCUCUACCUUCGGCUUCUCCCUCUCUGGAGGAGUGGACUUGGACAACAAUAACUACACGGAUUUGGCUGUCGGUGCUUAUAAGUCAGAUAGUGUUGUGUUUUUGAAAUCUCGUCCCGUGGUAAAAGUAUCAGCUGACGUGAAGUUUCUGGGUGACAGCAAGCUGAUCUCGCUCACAGACAAGAAGUGUCACCUGGCCAACGGCACGACGGUGGCGUGCGCGCAGCUCAUGUUCUGCCUCACCUACGGAGGAGUCAAUGUGGACCAGCAAAUAAAGUUCGAGGUAGUCCUCGACUUGGACUCGCGGCAGAAGACCACCAAGCGGCUGUUCCUGGCCGAGACCCGGGAGACGACGUACAAAACGCAGAUGCUGCUGACACAAGGACAGCAGGAGUGCAAGGAUAUCACUGUCUACUUAGAUGAGGAGAUCAGAGACAAGCUGACUCCGAUAGAAGUGAAGAUGUCGUACGACCUGGUGAACCAGCCAUCUGGCAACAUUGUCCCCCCAGUCCUCGACCAGACCAGGAGCAUCGUCCACGCGGACUCCCUUAACAUCCAGAAGAACUGUGGACCCGACAACAUCUGUAUUCCAGACUUGAGAAUGGCUGCCACCACCUCAACAAUCAACUACGUGCUUGGCUCCGGUGAAAACGUCAACAUUGACGUUAAAGUAGAGAAUUCUGCAGAAGAUGCGUUCGAGGCUGCCUACUACCUGGUCAUCCCGCCAGGAGUGACGUAUGCUAAGAUGGAACGCUUGGACUCACAGGAAUCCGAAACACCCAUAUACUGCUCCAUCACGAAUAGGUUUGGUGAUGGAAACAGCACGCUCAAGUGUGACCUGGGUAAUCCUAUGGCAAGCGGGCAGAAGGUGAACUUCCGCUUGGUCCUGGAAGUGGAGGCUCGCGUGACGGCGCUCAGCUUCGACAUGGAAGCCAACUCCACCAACCCCGAGCAGGGCACCCUCUACGACAACACGAUGCACAUGAACAUCGGCGUCGUCGUUAGAGCUCAACUCUCUAUUAUUGGUACUUCAGACCCACCCGAGCUGCAUUACAACGCAUCGCUGUACGAGAUUGAGAACAUCAAGGAUGACACCAAACUGGGACCCCAACUGAUCCACAAAUACAACAUCAAGAACGAGGGACCCUUCACUGUUGACGAGACGGAAAUAUACUUCAUGUGGCCCUACCAGACGCUCGAAGGUGAAAACCUGAUGUACAUGCUGGUGCAGCCACAGUGGCUCGGUAACGUGAAGUGUGACGUGGCGCGUCAUAUCAACCCUGAGAACCUGUUUGUACAGAACCCAUACGCGUUCCUCCUGACCAAGGAAAAAGAAGCAAUGAUGAGCAGUGAUCUGUACACUGCAUCCCAGACAUCAGGCGGCAGUGGAUACUAUGGACAAGUGUACUGGGAAUCCAGCAAUGGUCAAAGCAUGACAUCUGGCGGUCAGGUUAACCAGGGAUCCGGUCAAUUUAGCCAGGAAACAGGACAGUUUAAUCAAGGAGCGGGUCAGUACGGUACCAGCCAGGGCUCAGGCGGCUAUCAGGCUGGAAGCUCUAGUUCAACACACUUCAGUGGAAGCUCGUCUGGCAGCCAAGGUGCAGGAGGACAGUAUCAUGCUCAAGGAUCCACUCAUUAUGGUGGAAGCCAAGCUGGCCAAGCUGCAGGUGCCGGCAACACAUACAGCUACAAUAAAACUUGGUCGAACUCAUUCGGAGAAGGCCUUUCCGCUGAAGAGCAGGAACAGAUCAGAAGGAACCUUGCCGCGGCAGUCGCGCAAGGUGGAUACUCGCAUGGCAACCAAGAAGGUGUGCAUGGAACCUAUUCACAAAGCGGCUACGGGCAAGGCCAAGGACAGGUCGUGAGGGUGAAGAACAAGACCAUUGUGUAUGACUCGAAUCAUAACAUCAUAUCUGAGACUGAAACGAGCACUGAAUAUGGAAGUCUAGGACACGAGGGAGAGCCCGGAAGCUCAUUCAAUGUAUAUGCUAACCAAGGCGGUGUCAACCUUGCUUCAUCACAAGGCAGCAGCGGUUCUUGGCAGGGCAACGUGCAGGGGUCAAACACCUACUCUCAGGGCUCUGGUGGCUACUCACAAGGUUACGGAACCUACAACCAAGGCUCCGGCAGCUACCAGGGUUCUGCUGCUCAAGGUCAAGGGUCGAGAGGUUUCGCUCAGGGCUCUGGCGGAGGUUUUGUCCACGGCUCAUGGGCUACAACUGAAACUGUCAAUCCUGAUAUCUCUAAAGCGGGCUCUUCUACGUUCAGAGGGUCAUCAAGUGUAACUGUAGUUGGUGACGAAGAGGAAGACAAACUCGAAGGCUUUGGAGCACACGCCGCGUACAACCCUAAUAAUGAAUUCAGAUACGGUGUUGCCGAUGUCACUGGUGCUGGAAGUCACGGAAGUGGAAGUAAUCAAGCCGGUGGUGGUAGCUACCAGGCUGGCGGUGGUAGUUACCAAGCUGGCGGUGGUAGUUACCAAGCUGGAGGAGGCAGUUACCAGGACGGUGGCGGUAGUUACCAAGCUGGAGGAGGUAGUUACCAGGCCGGUGGUGGAAGCUAUCAAUCUGGCGGUGGAAGUUACCAAUCUGGUGGCUCUGGAUACUCAUAUUCUUCACAGACAGGAGGCCACACAUCAUACAGCUCUCACUCCAGCAGUGGUUACGGCACAAGUGAUCGUCGCGAAAACACCAGGAGACGAAGACAAGAUGAGGUUGAUCCCCAACUGAAGAAGAUUCUGGAGAAAUGCGAGGAGAAAUACAAGUGCGAAGUAUUGAGGUGUACGACUGGCCGCAUGGUGAAGGGGCAGGAAGCCUGGUUCGCGCUCCGCUCCAGGAUCAAUGCAUCAGUGCUAAAUGAGAUCUCCAAAGACCGUCCCGUCAUCCUGUCAACCCUGGCGGCGACUCGCGUGUCCCGCCUGCCCAUGGUGGGGCGGCCGUCAGACCCCGCGUGGCACACCGCCGAGGCGCAGACCGUGAUCACGCCGCAGCUGGAGGCGCGCGACAGCGGCACCAUACCGCUGUGGGUCGUGGUGCUGGCCGCUGUGGUGGGAGCUUUACUGCUACUGCUGCUCAUCUUCGCGCUGUACAAGUGCGGCUUCUUCAAGCGCAACCGGCCCUCGGACCACGCUGAGCGCCAGCCCCUGAACGGUCGUGACGAACAUCUUUGAUAUCCGAGGCCCGGGCGUAGCACGAGCGACGCGGCCGACACGGGCGGCACGAGCGAUGCGGAUGCGGCCAACACGUCCGACACGCGCGACAGCUCCUCCACCGACGCCGCCAGUGACGUCACGAGCCGCGACUCCACCAGCUUCGACAGAUACUGAGCUACAGCUUCUAGUGACGUCACGAGCCAAUAUGGCGCUAACAAAAUACGUUUAGUGUCGCGGUUCAUUAAUAGUAUUGUGGACUGAUAUUUUAUGUUUUUUUUUUCUAAUUAAAAUAAACGUAGAAUUCACAGUUUGUAUAGUUGUCCGAUCAUCAUUGUAGAAUAGAGAAGCUAUAUUAUUUUUGUUGCAAUAGUUUUAACCUAAUGACAUCACGAAAUAUUUAAUCUUCCCAUAUUUUUCAUAAAGAGAAUGGGAAGAUGGACUGUUUUAAAAUUUUACAUAAAUCGUAAUAUAACUAGUCACGGUAAACAAUUAAUUUUCGGACGCCAUAUUAGAAAGUAAAUGAAAAAAAAAAGGAAGACCGAGAUGUUCAUAGUUCAUGUUACAAAAAUGUUAGAUGUCAUUCUAAUACUUUGUGUAACAUGCAUUAUGUGUAGUAUAAAAUGAAUGAAAGAUUAAAUCUUGUUGUGUGAUAACUGUAAAAAUGUGUGUAUGAGAGUUGUUGAGAAAUGUGAUCUAAGUUAAUUAAUAGGUAUUUACUAAACGCGAUAGAUUCUUAAAGAUGUAUGGAAUAGGUGUUUCAGUCACUAAAGUAUUUGGCACCGAGGUUUUUUAGAAAACUGUGUAGUUCGUGUGUUAUUCUGCAAUUAAUUGAUUCCUAUAUCAAUACAUCUUUAAUUAAUUCGAAACGAGUGCUAAUGUUCAUAUUACAUUGUUAAUUAGGCGGCUUUAUAAAUAAAAUUUACAAACAUUUUGGGAGGCAGUAUUUCUUUAAACUUUCAGGCUUAAUAUUAUUCUUGACAAGUCACGUGACUUUUACAGGUAAAAUAAACUAUUAAAACCUUAAUUUAGUAUCUGAUAAUGUCGGUGACCCACUAGUAUAUAGAGUCAGCUGGGACCUAAAGUAGUCGAUACGAAAUUUAGGUUUUAUAGUUUUUUUUUGCCUGUUUUUGUCACGUGUGUUGUAAACCACCGUAGCUUAUUGAUUAAGCUUUCGAAUACCCAGUCGAGGUAGAUCUCAACGUGCUAAACUGGGUAUUACUUUCCGAUUAGCAAUAAAUAAAUAAUUAGUAGGUAUAUUACCAAAAAAUGUAUUUGCAAAAUAUUUUAGGCGCUUUCGCUACUAAAUUAAUGAUCGAUGCGGUUUAUAUUUUUGGUGGAGUAUUCACAUAGGGUGCCUUAGCGAUACAUAUCUUAUAUAAAAAGCUUAUAAUAAUAUACAUGUAUGAUCUACAAAAUGUUUAUAUGUGCCUUCUGAAACUGCCAGUUACUAAUUAAUUAUAUUAAUGUAAAUAUAGACUAAUUAUUUUUACGUGACAUUUUUUCACAGAUUUAUAGAUGUUUAGUUGUAGUCAAUGUGUGUAUUUUUAAGGUGUACUUAAUAUCGAAUAAGAGCAACAAUUACAAUAAAUAAAUAUUUUAGGUGUGAAAUAAAUCUUAAACUAAUUUAGUCAUUCUGUUUACAUUAUUAUUGUUUGUACAUGCCCUUCUUAAUGUUUCUAAAUUUUUAAUAAAAAAGAUAAAGCUAAUACUGGAAACGACGCACAACAAAACAAAAAAUUCUGUGAAAAAAUGUAAAGUCCACUAAUAAAACUUAAGCAUUGUUACAUUUUGUAAUUAUUUUUAAUUAUUUAUUUUUACAUAGUAACUAUUAAGUAUACAGCUUCUACUUAUAGUUAAUCUUAACUAAAUUGUUUAGAUGCCAUACGAAUGUGAAAUAGAUUAUAUUUUGGUUGUUUUAAAACUCGGUAAUAAUUUCUUUGCAUUUACCAAAAAAUGAACUCGUAAUAAAAUUUUUGUUUUUAAUUUUA